AUGUUUAUCGUCUUGUUACUACUACUGCUGCUGCUGCUCCCUGUGCCACCCACAGAAGCUAAGUGGAUGCCACCAGCUGUUGCAGUCAGUAGCCAUGGCUGCCCACCGGAAAGAUGCGGCACCUUUGGUUCCAUUCCCUACCCUUUUCGCCUGACCAACAAUUCCGAUUGCGGCGAGCUGCUUUCAGAUGUUUUCCAUCUCUCUUGCCACAAUUCAACCUCCCUCUUCCUCAUCAUUGGGUCGUACAGGUAUCAGGUUCUCCAUUUCUUUCCUGACAGUGGUGGUGUUUUAGUGGAUUUCCCCAAUGAUACAAUUCGUUACUCUUCGUCCUGCCGGAAGUACUACGAUCUCAGGUCGUUUCCUUUUCCGGCGAACCACUAUUUCGGGAUAUCGAUGGAUAAUAUUCUUGGUUUAUAUGGUUGUGGGGAUUCUUCGUUGUGCAGGACGGAUUGUGGUGGCUGCCGUGACGCGAACACCACCACCACCUUCAUGAGUAGCGGUUGCUGUUACCCACUUUCUGAUGAUGGUGGUGGUGUUUGGAGCGUCGGCGAUGGUUUCUCUGUGUUUCAGCAGUUUGGAUGCAAGGGAUUCUCUUGUUGGGUUGGUUCAGGUUCUAACAAUGGUGAUGAUGUGAAACGUGGGAUCAAGUUAGAAUGGGCGAUUCCGAUUGAUAUGAUCACUGGAGUCUGCGAUUCCAAUGCCCGAACGUUGAACGCGAGCUCCGUGAUCUUCGGUAUGAGGUGCCGAUGCCUUGAUGGGUUCGUCGGCGAUGGAUUCGCUAGGGGAAUUGGUUGCUUGAAAUCUUGCCUAAAGGAUGGAGAGGAAGUUUAUGGCGAUGACUGCUACGUAAAGCGACAUGGUCGGAGCAAACUCAUGCUCGUUGGAGGAAGUCUCGCUUUAGGCCUCUCGAUCGUCACAUUAGCCGCACUCUUCUGUUUGUUAAAACGACAGACAAAGCAAGGUACUGUCGAUGCCGAUCAGGCUCGCAGCCAAACCAGCGUUUGGUUUCAUAAACGGCCUAGGACUCGUUUGUUUACUCAUAGUGAGCUUGAAGACGCCACCAAGGGGUUCGGGGACGAUCAAAAGCUUGUGAGCUUUGGUGAUGGUGGUACACUUUAUGCUGGAGUUCUUUCGGAUGGACUCGAGGUGGCUGUACACAAAGUGGAGUGCCCAACCGAAAGAGACCUCAUUCGGGUUCUAUCACGAGUCAAGAUUCUAUCGGAAGUUUCCCACGCAAACAUGGCUCAAAUCCUCGGAUGCUCCAUCGACUCCGGCUACACCCCAUUGGUCGUGUUUGAGUAUCCGGGGAACGGUACACUCGAACAACAUCUUAGUCAAAUGGGCAACGAUCAAAAAACAAGUCUCGAAUGGCACAACAGAUUAUCGAUUGCGGCAGAAGUAUCGAGUGUACUAGCCUUCCUCCAGUGUGAAAUAUUUCCUCCGGUAUUGCACCAUUGUCUCCAAUCGGGCUGCAUCAUGCUCGACUCGAACCUGUCCGUAAAACUCGUCGGGUUCGAGCUGUUGGGCGACGGCGGAGAUGGGUGUGGGUCAGAUGGUCCGUUCUCUACCAAAAACGACGUUUAUGGUCUGGGUGUGCUGCUUCUAGAGAUCAUAGCAGGUGGCAGAUCGGUGGACCUGGCUACAGUGGCUUUGCGGAAAAUCAGAAACGGAAAGCUGGAAGAGGUGGUGGAUCCGACGCUGUACUACCAUGAACAACCAGGGUAUCGGAAAGAGCAGAUAGAGGUGGUGGCGGAUGUUGCAACACGGUGUUUGUUGUUCGCGGGAGAUGGAAGAUUGGGGAUAAACGAUGUCACAAAAGAGCUUCUUCAUGUGACCAAAGAAAGCAUAGAUCAUGUAGGAAGUAGAAGGGGACCGGCCGGGCUUGAAGAAACCUUCUCGAAUUCUAGUCUUCUGCAGAUGAUAUCGUUAUCACCGGACUCCAUUUAUGUACCAUAAUCAAGAAUCUAUC